AUGCCAUUCUCAGAACCCGAUAGUGGAAAACAACUUGCCAAGAGUCCUCAAGGCUUGGCUGUCUUACUUUCCACAAUCGAUACUCAGGUCGCCAACGCAACCUCCCGCAUUACGAGUCGCUGCAAGACUGUUGUCCUCGGGAUACGUCGCCGGGCCACCGAGGCCAUCAACAUCACCAAUACCACCAAUACCGUCGAUACCACCAACGCCACCAAUAUCACCAACUUCACCAAUACCACCAGCACCGAGAUUCUUAGUGAAGUCGACUAG